CUGCGCCAGCUGUCGGCGUCGCGCCUCAACGAGCUGUACCUGGAGCUGGAGCUGCUGAUCCGCGACUUCUCGGAGACGCUGAUCGCGGAGCUGGCGCUGCGCGACGAGCUGGAGUACGAGAAGGAGCUGAAGAACACCUUUAUCUCGCUGCUGCUGGCCGUGCAGAACCGCCGCCGCCAGCACCACGUGGAGCGCAAGCGGCGCGGCCAGCGCCACGCGCCCAACGGCCUCGACCCCAAGUACCUCACUACAGUUAUUCCAUACCAUUUGGGCUCAGGACCCCCAGAUAACCAGGCUCUUCAGGUGCUCAUCAAGAUCCUGAAGGCAAUUAAUGAGGAUAGUCCAACCGUUCCAACUUUACUCACAGACUACAUCUUGAAAGGUGAAAUU